CCCAUGUUGCUCAUCGCCGACGACACUCGCCAGUCUCGCCGGCCAUAGUGUUCACCGUCCUUGGGGCUCAUCGCCGAAGGCGCUCACCGGUCUCCUCACCGACAACGCUCAUCGUUGACGGCGCACACCGGUCUCGUCGCCAUGACGCUCACCGGUCUCACCCUCUCGGCGCUCAUCGCCGACAAUGCUCACCAUCUCAUCGUCGACGGCGCUCAACGGGCUCACCGCCUACGACGCUCAUCGCCGACGGCUCCAAUCGAUGUCGCCGCCCAUGGCGCUCACUGGCUCACCGUCUCGGCGCUCAUCGCCGAUGGCGCUCACCGGUCUCGUUCCCUACGACGCUGACCACCCUCAGCGCUCACAGCGCCCCGUGUUCACUUACUCUAGUCUUCUCCCUUAUGUGGCACCCUUAUUGGGUCAUGACCUGCUAUAUGACGUGAGCGCCUAGACGUGGCACGGGAGAGCAUGGCACGUGGCGAGCGAACGCAUGAGGUGAUGCACCUCCUCCUCCGACGUGUUGACCAAAUACAUCUGUCAUCGUCGCGUGUCCUCCGCUGUCCCCCAGACGUGCACUAUAAAAGGUGCCUCUUGUC